AUGUUGCCGGUUCCGGUGCCGCCGAUGCAUGCUAUGGCCCUGCCACCGCGUUACUCGCUGCCUGGCGUGGAGAUGAAACUGCAGAACAAGGAUCUGUGGCGGGAGUUCCACAAAAUUGGCACCGAAAUGAUCAUCACCAAGUGCGGAAGGGCGGACUAUCGGUACAAGAAGAUUGUUUCUUUCGAGCUGCAUUCGCAAGAGCGUCAAUGUGUAUCAACCCUAAGCGAAGCCGUAGUACAAUCUGGUCAACAACGUUUGGAAUUUGCGCAGAUCAGGAUGGUUGACGAUGAUGGAGUUCAGCAAACGGGAUACACGUUCGUUACACCGAACAGUGACCGUCAGUCAAGUAGUCACCAUGGGUGUAACCGUCGUUAA